ACAUUUUAUCAUUCUAUAUUGAGCAAUGUAUUGUGGAUAUUUUUUACUGCAUAUCAAAUACAUUUCUCUUAAGUAUAGUAUUGCAUUUCUUUUAUAAGGAAAAGAAAAUAAAAGUAGAAUAUACUAAUAUGUACAUUUUUAAAUUAAUGAUGUUUAAAAUUAUCAGUAAGAAUAAUGUAAGUAAUUUUUCUGUAAAAAAGAUGAGAUCAAUUAGUAACUUUGUAAAAGUAGUUGAAGUUGGACCUCGAGAUGGAUUACAAAAUGAAAGAAAUAUUGUCCCAACCGAAGUCAAAGUUGAGUUCAUUAACAAACUAUCAGAAAGUGGAUUAAAGAAUAUAGAAGUUACCAGUUUUGUGUCUCCAAAAUGGGUUCCCCAAAUGGCAGACAAUGCAGAGGUGUACCAAAAGAUUAAUAAGAAACCAGAUAUUUCUUAUUCAGCAUUAGUACCAAACAUAAAAGGCUUGAAAGCUGCAUUGGAAGUAAAUGUAAAAGAAAUAGCUAUCUUUUUGGCUGCAUCUGAAACUUUUUCAAGGAAGAAUAUCAACUGUUCCAUUGAUGAUAGUAUGAAAAAAGCUAGAGCAGUUAUUGAAGAAGCCUUAAAAUAUGAUAUUAAAGUCAGAGGAUAUAUAUCAUGUAUCAUUGGUUGCCCUUACGAAGGUCAAAUUCAAGCAACAGUUGUAGCCAAUUUAGCUACAUUCAUGUUACAAUGUGGAUGCUAUGAAAUUUCUUUAGGAGAUACUAUUGGUGUAGGAUCACCUAACAAAAUAAACAAUGUAUUACAUGAGUUGGGAUAUGUAUCAAAUGACAUGCAUGAAUUUGCAAUUCAUUGUCAUGAUACUUACGGACAGGCACUAGUAAACAUUUAUGCUAGCCUUGAACAUGGAAUAAGAAUUUUUGACUCAUCUGUAGCUGGUCUAGGAGGUUGUCCAUACGCAGUUGGAGCCUCUGGAAAUAUUGCUACGGAAGAUCUACUCUAUCUUUUACAUGGACAGGGUUUAGAAACUGGAAUAAAUCUUAAUGAAAUAGUAAAAAUAGGAGAAUUUAUCAGUAGUCAGCUUCAAAGACAAAAUCAAUCCAAAGCAGCAAUACUAUGCUCCUCACCAAUACUGUAAGAAUGUGGCCAGCAAAUUAAAUGGCUGCGCCAUCACGUCAGAUAGUUGUGUUCCGGGAGCUACCGCAUUUGGUCCCAAUGUAUUAUUUGGAGAAGGUGGUGCACUAGUAUCACUUUGUGUAUAUGCCAAAGUUGUUACAAAAUUACGAUUUAAAUGUGUUGCUUCAUAAAGUGCUAAUAACAAUGCAUUAUUUGCACGGA